AUGGCGGCUAAUGAGGGGAACCAAUCAUGCAUGGACGCUCUUUCUUCCAUCACCUUUGCCCAGUUGGCAGGACCCCUGCAACCCGUGUACGGGCCGAGCAGAGUUCCACGCCACCAACAGUUUGUGGACUUGGUUACCGAUAGCAGCGGGAUGAGUCCAUUUAUUCCUUUCGGCACCCAAGGGAGUGCCAACAGCAGCACCGCCUUCCCUGUGGACAACGCAUACUUGUCGAAAAGAGCACCACCGGAGUCCGAGGGGCAGAAUCGCGCCGCAUAUUAUAACAAUUCUUCCGCAUCCAUGCAAACCCCAGAAAAGGUUGACAAACCGCAGAUGCUCCGGCAAGUUUCUGUUGGUGCUCCAACACCUUCUUCUGGGAUGGGUAUGACCGCUUCGCCAGCCACAGUGUGCCGGUACAUCACACACGCAACGCCAGGCAGUGCUCUCCUCGAUGAAACUUGCACUCGCACAUACCUGCGCAGCGCUCCAAUGAACUUCGUUGCUUCAACUGGGAUUACCACCGAUAACGCGAUCGGUGCAGUGUCAAACGCCGUCCUAUCUGCUGCAGCAGCAGCGCUACCAUCAGUGAAGGUGUCGAUAGACGAUAAACCCACCUCUCUCGCAAUAGAGCUGGAGCAGGCAUACGAAGAGCAUGUGCAUGAGAGUAAGCGAAGGGUGGGUGACAAGGUGAAGCGAAAGGAGAAAAAGGUGCUCGUCACCGUUGGUUUCCCUGGUGUUGAUAACGUACCACAAAUGAUCUCCGAUGGCACAGAGGAACAGCUAUUGAAUAAGGAGGAGGUGGAGCAAGGGAAGCGCAGAAGGGAGCGAAGGCAGUCAAGAGGGAAGAACAAGCAGAAAGGCGACAACAACAAUAACAACUGCAUCUUUCACGACGGCGACAAGUUUGUCUCCAACUUCUCUUCGAUCCAUGCUGACAAUGAGUCGCAUGGGGAGUGUGGGGAUAGAAAGUUUCUUGUUACUCUGCGCUGUCACGGCCACCGUGAUGUGACUGCCAUAUGCUGCUUGCGGUUAAGCAAAGGCAAAUAUGUGAUUUUCGAAGCAGACCGUGGCGUUGACCUCGGUGAAGUGAUCAAUGUGAAGGAGUUGAUCUCGGAACCAAGCGGGAACUCCGCACCAGCGCAAGUGCUGCGGUGCGCCCUGGAUGAAGAGGUAGAGGACUGGAAGGGACCGCUUGUGGAGAGGGAGAACGAGGCGGUGGAGGAAUGCCGUCAUGUGUGUGAACAACUCGGGCUCACUAUUCGCGUGGUUGGAGCCGCCUACCAGUUUGAUCGGCAGAAGCUGACAUUUAUGUACGAAAGCGAUGAUCGCGUGGACUUCCGAGCACUUCUGCAGGUGAUGUUCUCCAAGUUUCGCUGCCGUAUUUGGAUGGAGCGCCGAGGCCGAGGCCACCAAGACAAUGAUGCACACACUGGCUGA